CACCAACUCAACGAGGCCUGAAUCCCAACCAAACUUGUUCGCCUAACCAUGGGUCUCCUCACAGUUCUUAAGAAAUUGAAACAAAAGGAAAAAGAGAUUCGCAUUCUCAUGCUGGGACUGGACAAUGCCGGAAAGACUACCAUAUUGAAACGAAUCAAUGGUGAAGACAUUUCAACAAUAUCUCCCACAUUAGGUUUCAACAUCAAGACCCUGGUACAUAAUGGUUACAAGCUAAAUAUAUGGGAUGUCGGGGGUCAAAAAUCUAUCCGCUCGUAUUGGAGAAACUACUUUGAGCAAACCGAUGGAUUGGUUUGGGUUGUGGAUAGCGCGGAUCGACCAGAUCGACUUGAGGACUGUAGACGAGAGCUCCAUAGUUUGUUGCUGGAGGAGCGUUUGGCCGGGGCCUCCCUUCUGAUAUUCGCAAAUAAACAAGAUUUGUCCGGCGCACUCAGUUACGAACAAAUAGAGGAGCUGCUUGAUCUUAGAUCUAUACAAACGCAUCACUGGCACAUCAUUGGAUGCAGCGCUGUAACCGGUGCAAACCUGCUGGCAGGGAUGGAUUGGAUCGUCAGUGACAUUGCGUCCAGAAUAUAUAUGCUGGAAUAAUGGCUGCCCGUG